GCCCCUUCUCUCUUCUCUUCUUCUUUUUCUUCCCUCCCAUCCCCCAGUGUCCUUUCUUCUUGACACUCAUCCCUCUCCUCUCUUUUUUGUUGCAUCUAUCUCUUUGCAACCUUCACAAUGUCUUCCCAGGCGGAUAAGUCCUUCAUGGGCAUGCCCGGCUUCGUUGUCGACUUCCUGAUGGGUGGUGUUUCCGCCGCUGUCUCCAAGACCGCUGCCGCCCCCAUCGAGCGUGUCAAGCUCCUGAUCCAGAACCAGGAUGAGAUGCUCAAGCAGGGUCGUCUUGACCGCAAGUACAACGGUAUCGUUGACUGCUUCAAGCGCACCUCCGCUCAGGAGGGUGUCGUCUCCCUCUGGCGUGGUAACACCGCCAACGUCAUUCGUUACUUCCCCACCCAGGCUCUUAACUUUGCCUUCCGUGACACCUACAAGUCCAUGUUCGCCUACAAGAAGGAGCGUGAUGGAUACGCCAAGUGGAUGAUGGGUAACCUUGCCUCCGGUGGUGCUGCCGGUGCCACUUCCCUCCUCUUCGUCUACUCCCUGGACUACGCCCGUACCCGUCUGGCCAACGACGCCAAGUCCGCCAAGGGUGGCGGUGACCGUCAGUUCAACGGUCUCGUCGACGUCUACCGCAAGACCCUCGCCUCCGACGGUAUUGCCGGUCUCUACCGUGGUUUCGGACCCUCCGUUCUCGGAAUUGUCGUUUACCGUGGUCUGUACUUCGGCAUGUACGACUCCAUCAAGCCCGUUCUCCUGGUUGGUCCUCUUGAGGGCUCUUUCCUCGCUUCCUUCCUGCUCGGCUGGACUGUCACCACUGCUGCUGGUGUUGCUUCUUACCCUCUGGAUACCGUCCGUCGUCGCAUGAUGAUGACCUCUGGUGAGGCCGUCAAGUACAAGUCCUCCAUGGAUGCUGCCCGCCAGAUCGUCGCCCAGGAGGGUGUCAAGUCCCUGUUCAAGGGUGCUGGUGCCAACAUCCUCCGUGGUGUUGCCGGUGCUGGUGUCCUGUCCAUCUACGACCAGGUCCAGCUCAUCCUCUUCGGCAAGAAGUUCAAAUAGAUGACUCGCCCCUAGCGAAUCUUCUGUUUUGUUUUUUCUUCCACAAUUGCCAACCUGUAGUUUAUACUGGAGUCGGGGAUGCGAAACACAACCCCCUGGUCUGGUUUUUAACUCCGGGACACGGGAAAGUUGAGGUUGUGGCAUUGCAAAAGAUAGAUGCGUCAAGAAACGGGUUCGGGGGGAUCUUGAAGCAUAGAAUGGUGGUUCUUCCCUUUUUCUGUACCCAAAUGUACUUUACUGCCUGCAAACUUUUUCUUUCUUUUCUUUCACAA